CAAUACAUACGGAGCCCGAUUGUCGCGUCUGUUUCACUAAAAUACUGAAUUUCGUUGGAGAAAGUUGUCAAUUUUCUCAAUAUGGAUUGCUUCGGUGGUGACGAUAAAUAUAAGUUAUUUUCAACAAACGACGAAUACGGCGAAAAGUACCAGUUCGAUGCGAAUUUUAAAGGUCCCAAGACAAGUCGGUCGGCAACAGAUGUGAAUUGGUUAUGGGUUUUCUUGGUGUUUUCAACCGCUUGGAUCAUAUUUGGUAUUUGCGUGUUAUCCAAUGGUGCGUACAACGUCGAUGGAGAUAUAUCGCAUGAGGAGGCUCUAAUUUUCAACUACUUGAAAAAUACGUUAUGGUGUUACCUGGGACCAAUACUUAUUGCGACAGUCACCUGCCUGAUCUUUUGUUAUGCGAUACGUUGGAUUGCAACACCAGCCGUUUGGUUUUCCAUAUUCUUUUGUGUUGUGUUAUUCAUUUGCGUUGCAAUUGCCGGCUUUGUGCAAUACAGCAAUUUCGAUGGUAGAUAUGCUACCGGCCUUGUCGUUGGCAUUUCAUUUACCAUAAUCACAGUGCUGUUUAUUGCCUACACUUACCACCAACGACAACAUGUUUUUGUUGCAAUAGCACUGAUCAAAGAAGGAAGCAAAGCGGUGGCAUCGUCCUACUCGACCGUUUUCUUUCCGAUCAUACCAAGUUUUUUCCACAUCGCCUUCUUCGCAUUGUUUGCAAGUGUCCUGGCCAACAUCGCGUCUGUCACUUCACCCGAUAGUGGUCGGACUCGAGUCGCCAUGCACUUGCUGAACUGUUUCGGAUUCCUUUGGAUCUGCUGGUUUAUUGCAGCGUUUGAGAAAAUGGUACUGGCGCACACAUACUCAACUUGGUAUUGGACACUAGACAAGACCAAACUUCCAUUUUAUGCGUUAGCUGCAGCUGUUCGUCGCACAACUCGGUAUCAUCUCGGCACAGUUGCUCUCGGUUCACUGAUCAUCACAAUCGGCCAGAUCAUCUGUCACAUGAUCAAAACAUUGAUGAACAAUCGUUACAUGCGACUAGUCAACCUUUGCUGCAGUAUCAACGGGAUAGUCCAACGAAUGUUGCGAUUUUUGAGUACGAACACGUUCAUCAUGGUGGCGAUCCAUGGCAAUCCAUUCUGUAAAAGUAUGCGAGACGCAUUCAAUUUACUGAUGCGCAACAUUCACAGCGUUUUCGUAACGAACCGAAUCACCCAUUUACUGUUCGGCUUGUUCAAUCUGAUAAUCGCUUCUGGAACAGGCAUACUUACCUGUGUGUUACUGCCAAAAGACGACCUCAAUGGACAGGACGAUAUUUUCCUGCUUUUUGUUGCAAUUUUGGUGUCUGUUUGUGCUUCACUUGUAGUGGGCUACACGUUCUUUAAUGUAUACAUAAUGGCAGUGGACACUCUGUUCCUGUGUUUCUUGGAAGACCGUGAGCGUAAUGAUGGAUCUAAAGAGAAGCCAUACCAUAUGUCGCCUGAACUGAUGACAAUACUUCACAAAAAUGGUGAAAUUGCUCCUCUUCCACCGUCUGAACAAGCGUAACUCGGCGAAAAU